AUGUUAUUACCUCGACACUUUCGGCGACUAGUCGCCGUCGCGGUGCUGCUGAUGAUCCUCAUCAGUUAUAGGUUACUGCGGAAAAGUCAUGGACCGUCUGCGGCUGAUGCGCGGGCGCAAUAUCCACGGAUUGCAAAGUACAUUGAGGAUGCGAAGGGUAGCGGUGGUGCCUGGCAUCUCCCGCAAACAUGGAUGCAAGACUCAAAUACACCCCUCAACGAUAUCGUCGCAGCAGCGCAAUUCGCACUCAAUCGGUCGAACACCGAGCCCUCAGGUUGCCUUCCACACUCGAACAUCCCCCGAAUUAUCCACCAAACAUGGAAAGAUACCCAAUUUGAGACAUGGAGACCAAAGUACCAGGCGAGCGUGGAGAAGUGGCUGGGCGUGGUAGAGGAUGAGGAUAUCUCAUAUAUAUUCUGGGACGAUGCCGGCGUUGCGCAGUUCAUGCGAGUCUUUGAGCCGGAUCUUGAGGCCGAGUUCUAUGGCCUACCGAGCCCGGUUGAACGGUCGGACGUCUUUCGCGUACUAGUUUGCAAAUGGAUUGGUGGUAUUUACGUCGACAUGGACACCGAACCCCUCCAGUCCCCCACUGAGUGGAUCACAACCACCGACCUCCUCCCCUGGACAGACUUCAAGACCAACAAACUCUACCACUCGACACAAGCCGUCAACGCCAUCGUCGGCAUCGAAGCGGACACGGACCCAGAUACCGACGCCUACUGGCGCAUGGGGUACUUCUUCCCUGUCCAACUCACGCAGUGGGCAUUCGCGUUCGCACCCCAUCAACCCAUCCUCCAACUCUUUAUCGACCGGCUCCUCGAGACUAUCAGGCUCGCGCGCGACCAGCAACUACCCGACUCCGAGCAGCAGCAAGCAGGCCACGUUCUCGACCGGAUCGACCCCGUGAACCUGACUGGCCCAAUCGCAUUCACAGACAGCGUGCGCACAUAUCUAGGUCAGAAAGCCGACCUGCGGUGGAACGCGCUGACCGGGCUGCACGACGACGGCAAGACAAAGUUAAUCGAGGAUGUGCUGGUCCUGCCAAUCACCGGCUUCAGCCCAGGCCGUCCACAUUUCCGGAAUAUGGGUUCCAAGCCGAUUACCGAUCCCUCGGCCCGGCUAUAUCAUCACGCUGAGGGUUCCUGGCGGCAUUGGAGUCUGCGAGUUGAGAUUGGCAAGUUCUGCCGGACGGCAUUUGGCCUCUGCAGGGAUUGGUCGAAAGUGCCGGAUGCGGAUAGUUGGAUUUUCUGA